AUGUCUUCUCACAAGACUCUCAGGAUCAAGCAAAUCUCAGAGAAAAAACUAAAGCAGAAUGAUCCCAUUCCUCAAUGGGUUCAGAUGAAAACUGGUAAUAAAGUCAGGUACAAUUUGAAGAGGAUACAUUAG